AUGUAUAGAGCACUAACUAAAGCAAGAAAUGAGAUUGAAGGCAAUCACAUUGAAUCGUACGCCAAAUUGCCAAAGUAUGCAGAGCUGAUCAGGAAAUACAACCCACAAAGUAUCUGCAAAAUACAUUAUGAUAGGCCUACUCUUCUUGUUGAGCCUAGAUUUCUCAGAAUGUUUAUUAGUUUCAAAGCUCAAAGAAGUGGAUUUGUUGAAGGCUGUAGACCUUUUGUUGGUUUUGAUGGAUGUUUUUUAAAAGGUGCUUAUGGUGGUGUGCUUCUCACAGCAGUCACAUUAGAUGCUAACAAUAGCAUUUUUCCUAUUGCAUUUGCUGUGGCUGAAGCUGAAAAUAAAGAAACCUGGAGUUGGUUUUUUCAUUACUUUGAGGAGUUUUUUGGGCCAUUUACUUCAGAAAAUGGUUUUCAUGGUCCUCUAACCUUCAUGAGUGACAGGCAAAAGGGCUUGAAUAUAGCUUAUGAAGAGAGAGUGCCUGUUGCUAGUGGAAGACAUUGCUGUAGGCAUAUCUGCAGUAAUUUUAAAGCUCAAUUUCCUGGUAUUCUGAUUAGUAACUUGUUCUGGAGAGCAGCAAAAAGCUUUGAUGUUGCAGGACAUAAUGAAGCCAUGGCUAGCAUAAAGGAGUUAAACAUAGAAGCAUGGAAAUACUUGGACAAAAUUCCUAAAACAACAUGGUGCAGAUAUACCUUCAAUACUGGACUAAAAUGUGAUCAUGUCACAAAUAACUGCACUGAGUCCUUCAAUGCAUGGAUAGGUGAGCUAAGAGGGAAGCCUAUCUUGACACUUGUUGAUGGGUUGAGGAAGAAGUUCAUGAAGAAAAUGCAUAAGCGAUAUCAGAAAGGGUGCAUGCUCACCACUGCCAUCACACCAAAGAUGCUUGGUAAACUACAAAAAAUAGGACAAGCAUCAAGACAAUGUGAACUCACUAUGGCUUCUACUGAUGUAUUUGAAGUGGGGGAUAUGAACAGGUCCUACAUAGUCAAUUUAUCAGCUAAAACUUGUGAUUGUGGAGCAUUUCAAAUUUCAGGCCUUCCUUGUAAACAUGCUGCACUAGGGAUUAUCUACAAGAGAGAAAAGCUGGAAUCCUACUGUGAGCAUUGGUUCUCAAGAGAUAAGUACUUAAAGACAUAUUCAAGUAUGAUUCAUCCAAUUCCUGAUGAGAAAAUGUGGCCACCUAUGCCAUAUGUUACACCUGUAACAGUCCUACCUCCUCCAUUAAGAAGAGCUCCAGGUAGACCAAAGACUAAAAGGAGAAGGGAACAUGAUGAAGGACAGUCUGCGUCACAACCAAAAAGACUUUGCUGCAUCAAGUGUGGAAACUGUGGCUCUUUUGGUCACAACAAGAGGUCAUGUCAAGGAGCACCUGUCCAGAAUAAGAAGAAUGGCAAUAGAACUACUGGCCAGCAGAGCUAUAGAAGAGGCAAACCAGGAAGAGGGACUGCAAACACGGGCCUGUCAGGAGCAACUCUUUGGGAUCAUGUCUCUGGCAAUGUUCCAGUUGUAUACUCAAGCCAAGGCAACAAUCAUUCUCCUUCAACUCAACCUGCACCUGCAACUGUGAAUGUGCAUGUGCAGAAUCAGAGCACAGCAACCACUUCAAAGAAAAAGAGAGGAAGACCUUUAAGCAAUACUGGAGCAUCUGCUAGAGGGAGCAGCAAGAGAAACUACUCAAAUACUGCUCAGAUCACUCAAAUUGUGGAACAAUCUGGUCAUCAGCAAAUUGCUACAUUUCAAGUUGCUACACCUGCAUCUGAAUCCAUCAAUGCAGCUACAACACUGCACUCAACAAAUGUUAGCAAUAAUAGCAGUUUUAGUAUGCAAUUCUGA